AUGGUGCUGCUCCCCCGAGGCAUCGCUGCUCGGAGGGCAAGGAAUGCGGCGGCGGAGUUCCCCGACGACGCAAACGAUCUCUGGGAGAUCAAGAUGCGCCCCGAGCCGGGGUACCUUUCAGUGGGGGUGAGCCGUAGGUGCCACCCCUCGAGGCCUCUGAUCCCGGAGGAAUGCGAGGUCAACCGCCUGCACGCAGAGGCGGUGAUGAAGCGGAAGGAAGCAGCGGAGGAGGCUGCCGAAAGGAAGAGGAAGAGGAAAGCAAAGCACGAUAAGGUGUGCAAAAUCGCACGCGCGGAGGGGAAGCCGCGGAUGAGGAAGAGGACACCUCGGACGCCGAGGCCAACCUCCCGGGUGAUGACGGGGUGGCAACAGGCGCGGAUUCUCCGCCGCUCCGGGGCCGUUGCCAUGGAUGCAGCCCCGCUCGCGCCAAUCAAGGCCCUCAAGACCGGGGCGCACGCCAUGCCACACUCGGCGCCGCAGCCCCCGCCCAUCGUAGAUAUUGUGGCGGAGGCCGCGAAGCUGCGGGAGGAGAUGGCGCGAGGGGCCCAAGCAACCCAACAGGUUCGAGUGCCGGGGAAUGGGAGUGAUGCCGGCCAAAGUAGCAUUGAAGCAGCCGCUCCGGCUGACGCCGUGGGGGAGGCCGCCCGGGGCGGCGCAGACGGCGCCGUCCGGCCGGUCGCCGAAGUCCAGGCUGGUCGGAGCGACGCGAAUAGCGCCGCCCGACCGGUCGCAGAGGAAGGAGCUGGUGGAGGUGCGCAAGAGCGCCCCGCCAGCCAAACGGAGGUGGAGACCCUCAUCCCCGAGCCACCGAGGGUUGGGGUCGAGGGCGUCGCGGAGGAGGAAUCGGCGCCAAGGGCGCCGGUGGUGGAGGAAACUCUCGUCUCGGUGCCUGCAGAGGCCCAGGACGAGGGUGUCGUUGCGGCGGUGACAGCGCAGGUGGUGCCGGAAAACGUGCUCGAUGAGGGGACAUCCGAGGGGCCCCAUCAUGGGGCAAUCAUCCAGUCCGAGGUCCCCCCGGAGUUUCUCCACGACGAGCAGGAGGAGGAGGCCGUCUGGCAAGCAUAG